UAGACGGUGCACUAAUUUCCAUAAAAUACACAUUUAUGAGACUCUUUUUCUGCACUUUUAUCAUUCCUUCAUGCAUACAAUACAUUUUCAACCAAAUAUAGCAGUGCAUCAAAGUUGUCACCCAAAGAAUCAAUCUUUAUCCCAAACAGAACCCCUUGUCUACUCUUCCCCAAAGUAUCAAUCUUUAUCUCAACAGAACCAUUUCUCUACUCUUGGCAAUUCUAAGGGUUGCCAAGUUGCUUUGUAUAUAAAAACCUCCCAUUGAUUGUUCUACCUUUAGGUUUUUCAGAACACAUAAAUUGUUGUGCAAUAGUGAGUGAGUCAAAGGCACAAUCCAAAUCCUUGUGCAUCUGGUGGAAUUGCAGUAACAGAAAAUGGCAACAAGCAGAGGAAGAAUGAAUGCUGGGAUACUUCUUUUCUGCCUGACUUUAGCUACUCUUCCUCUCACUCAUUGUGAUGCAGAUAGAUCAAUAAGAAUAUGGAAAUCCCCUAAACACAGAAGAAAUGUAAUCAACAAGAACUCAAAGAAGUUGAAAAUAAUCAAACAUUUUGAUUUUAAUCCAUCUAUAUAUUCAUCAAAUGCACAACCCUAUAGUAUCAACUCUCCAUUAUCUUUGCCUCCUUAUGAAUCACUAGGUCCAGAAAAUAGCACUCCAUAUUGUGUAUAUCCACCACCAAAUACUCCUUUCACUAUUCCAACCCCCACUGGUUCUCAACCUACCCUACCAUCACCUCCUUACUCUUACACCUCACCUUAUCUUCCACUCCAAAGCCCACCUCCAGCCCCAACAACCACUACACCAAGCCCACCAGAAAAUCUUCCAACACCAACACCUGAAACUGUUCCAAGCCCACCAGAAAAUUUUCCAACACCAACACCUGAAAUUGUUCCAAGCCCACCUAGUAACAUACCAGGCUCACCAGAGCCUAUAUUAAAUCCUCCCAUCAUUUUUCCAGGCCCGCCCGAAUCAUCGACGAGCCCACCUUAUUUCGAGCCCGGCCCACCCGAAUCAUCAACAAGCCCACCUUAUUUUGAGCCCGCCCCACCAUACUACGAGCCCACACCAACGCCAUUCAUACCUUCCCCUACUGGGGGCAGUGGCACCAUCCCAAGCCCAUCAAGUACAUUUCCAUCUCCUAGUGGAGGUAGUGGCACCAUCCCAAGCCCAUCAAGUACAUUUCCAUCUCCCAGUGGAGGCACUAUCCCAAGCCCAACAGUAUUUCAGCCACCUGUAGUCUACCCACCACCAAGUGUGCCACCGCGAGCCAAAACCGCCCCGCAGGCCACGUUGUGGUGUGUGGCUAAGGCUUCAGUUCCAGACCCAAUCAUCGAAGAGGCGAUGAAUUAUGCUUGCUGGUCAGGAGCGGAUUGCACGUCGAUUCAGCCCAACGGGCCUUGCUUUCAGCCAGACAGUGUAUUUGCACAUGCUUCCUAUGCCUUCAAUAGUUACUGGCAAAGGACUAAAGCUUCUGGUGGCACUUGUGAGUUUGGAGGGACAGCAGUAUUGGUUUCAGUUGACCCUAGUGAGUCCUAUGAUCAUAAAAAACAUAGACUUUCAUUAAGUAACUCAUAAUUGAUUUGAUCCAACUUUUGCUUUAUCAGUAAUGCUGCUUUUUUUUUUUGCUUCUCAACAGGCUUUGAUGGAUGCCACUUCAUCUACAACUGAUCAAAGUAAUGUUUUUUUCUUCCUUUCUUUAGAACAAAGUCACCUAUAGAACCAACCAAUGUUUGAAGAGUGAAGACAAUCUUUCUUGUGGAAAUAUGUUAUCUAAGGAACACAAGCAGAUUUUGUAUGUUGUAGGUAGUGUAGAAUAAUCACAAAUGUUGAUUUAACCUUUUGUUCUUCUCUAGCUAAUAAGUAUUAUAUGAUAAAGAGAUGGAUUGCUAUAUAAUUUCUUACAUUGUGUUUCA